AGCUAUGGAUCCAGAAGCAAUGGCGUGAUGUCUGCCUUCUACUUCCUCUUCGCAGCAAACGCCAUGGUAUUUGGAGCUCUAAACUACGCAAAAUAUGCCAAAGACUGGAGACUGGAAAAGAAGCUUCUCAACAACACUCUCCUCUCUCCGGCUGCUUUUGACAGCGGUCGUUGGUGGACCAUCAUCACCUCGGCAUUCGCUCACAUCGACCCUCUCCAUUUUGCCUUCAACAUGCUGUCCCUGUAUAAUUUCUGCUCCAUAUGUGCAUUCAUCCCUGGCAUGAACGGCUUGCAUCUCUUCGCCGUAGCAGGUGGUAGCGCUGUAACCGGUGGCCUGGGCUUCCUCUAUCACCGUAAGAAGAAGAUCCAGGAGGCUGGAAAAAGUGAUUGGCAAUCAAAGGCCAGAAACUACAACUCUGCAGCCUUGGGAGCCAGUGGAGCAGUCAUGGGUGUGGGUGCCUUGACGGCUUGUUUGGUGCCUAAUGCACCUAUGCAGUUGAUGUUGAUACCCAUCCCUUUUCCUCUGUGGGUCUUUGUUGCUGGUUACGGUAUAGUAGACUCCUACUACCUGGACUCAUCGACUUCGGGAAUCGCUCAUGCUGGUCAUUUGGGCGGUUUGGUGUAUGGUGCGGCGUACUACCUGGUCUUCCUGAGG